UAUCGCUGACGCUCCACACGAUUAGGCGAUAUGAUUAUUUCGCACAACAUAUUGUAUGUUAAGGUCAAAUUUUGGAAAUAAAUUACGUAAAAAUAUUAACUACCCUUUAUUCUCGGCGUGGUCGAUCAAGAAGUCUGUAUAAUAAGUUAUAGUGCAAAAUAGGAAUGCUAAUUCGAAAUAUAUUGGGAUAUGGUAACGUUGUUUUGAUUUCAAAGUGAUAUUAUGUUUUCUGAGUGAAAAAAUAUGAGUGCGUAUUGGAAAUGUUGUGGAGGUUUUUAGAGGUGUUGCUCCUGGUGCCUGUGAUCCUGGUGGAGCCGCGGCGAUUACCAAAAUGCGUCACAGGGUACAUGACCGACGUGCAGCAGUGGGUCGACGUGGAGGGGAGGCUAACAGAUUCUAUAGAUAUCGAAAAUGCAAUAGACCUGUCAACCCAGAUGAACCCUGUGUCGAUGCUGCAUCAAAAGAUGAAUUUCUUCAAAUUCUCCGACACUCGUCGAGUGAAGUAUCUCAGCAUGGCGAAAUGUUGGCUCAGCAGAAUACCGCCGGUAUUUCGAAUAACGGAUCCAAGCGGUCGCUGGCUGUCAGACACGGUAGAGUUCAUGACAUUCUACGGAAACUUCUUCGUCGAAGUGGACCUUCCCGGAGAACAUUAUUAUGUCUCCAUGAACGCUAGUGGUGCAAGAGAGGCGGAGUUCGUCUCCACAUACCAACCAGCUCAAAUGACAUCUGUGUGGUCCACGGGACUUCAAGUUACAGUAUUUCCGAAUCUAAGAGAAUUAGACCUCAGAGCGUGUUCUAUAAGGGUCCUAAGCACAAACCUGUUCCAAGGUAUGCAGAAACUCGAGGCUUUGUAUCUAGGAGAAAAUCUAGUCCACUUUAUAGACGCUGACGUCUUUUCUGGUCUACAAAACCUUAUCCACCUAGAUUUUAGCAGAAACGAAGCAUACGAUGAAGUUGGAAACCAAAAAAAUAUAGAAAUGCCGAGGAACGUGUUCAAAGGGUUACGUAAUUUGACCUCUUUGGAUUUAUCGUUUACAAGGCUAUCGCAAAGGAAUGUCGUUGUUCUGAGGGGUUUAGGACCAAGCCUGAGAAGAUUAUCGUUAUGUUACACAGGAAUAAGCGCCAUGAGAGGUGGCAUAUUUAGUGGCACAUCAUUGAAGAUUCUAGAUAUUUCCUAUAAUAACGGACUGAUAAAGGAAGCAGGAAUAUUCAGAGGCAUUGAACAGUCACUACAAGUGUUAUACGCCAUAGAUGUUGGCCUACGAAGUCUUGAAUACUUAAGAGGUCUCCGACACUUAGAGGUUUUACAACUUUCGAGGAAUGAAAUAGGCUUUGUGCCUAUAGAAACAGCAAGGACAUGGGAAAAUUUGAAAAUUUUGGACUUGAAUAAAAAUAGACUGACCUCGUGGUUCACACCGACAUAUAGUCUUAUGCCAAACCUGAUAUUUUUACAAUUAAAAGACAAUAACAUCAAUGUUAUUUCUGAAGAGAUGAUUUUGGAUUUAAGCCAUUUGAAUUUUUUGGCGAUGUCGGGAAAUUUUAUUGUAUGCAACUGUCACGCGCGAGACUUCAUCGAGCUAGCUGCGAGGAAUGAGGACAGGUCCCGAAAUAUAUCCCUCUAUUCCAAUGUUAACAACGGUACGGGCAAUUUCUCAUUCCACAGAGCGUUUAUAGAUCACAACAACAUACUUCGAGAGAGAUAUCCUAUAAAUUCUGAUUGUAAUGAAUGUGUUGAAGAAUUGAAAAUACAUGCAAAUUUCGUUCUAACUGACUAUAGUCGUUCUAACUACAUGUGUGUUUCUGUGACUAAUAGCGAAUCUGUCACUUUCAAGGAUGUGAUUGGGUGCAAUAGUUUAAGAGACAUAGACUAUGAACAAAUUAUGGCAGGGGGUAGAAACAAAUUGUUAGCGCUUUUGGUGAUACCAUGCGUGCUUUUGCCUUUGUUUGUAAUGUUCGUAUUCAGGAGGAAUUUACGAUACUGUAUGAUAACCCUGAGGAAUUCUACCUUGUUGAGCUUGAUCAAUAAGAAAGAGGUGGUCGACGUUGAUGGUACGAUAUUCCACUACGACGUGUUCGUAUCGUAUUGCAACGAGGAUCGUGGGUGGGUGCUGGACCACCUACUGCCACACCUGGAGUCCGACUGCAGCAUCAGCGCUUGCUUGCACGAGAGGGACUUUCAGGUCGGUCUUUCGAUAUUAGAGAACAUUGUAUCGUGCAUGGACCGCUCAAGGUCCAUAAUGCUGAUCAUAUCGCAAAAAUUCCUCAUGAGCCAGUGGUGUCAAUUCGAGAUGCAUCUAGCACAACACAGACUUCUAGAAACAAGAAGAGAAGACCUAACACUGGUUCUCUUGGAAGAGAUACCUCGACGGCUCCGUCCUACGACGCUGCAUUAUUUAAUGCUGACCAAAACCUACAUCGUGUGGCCUGCUGCCGACGCUGAAAGAGCUUUGUUUUGGAAGAGACUGAGAAAGAGUUUGGUCACACAGAAGCUAAAGCAGCCCGAAGGGGUUUCCUUGGCUUAAAGUUUUUGUACACUGGCGAGGUUUUAUGGUGUUGGAGUGUUUCCGGUGUGCACAACUGGCAGUCGUGAUCCCUAUUAUAUGCGAAGUAUAAGGGAGCAAUUAUAAAGGCCUAUUUAGACAUUAUAAUUAUAGGUGUAUACAGUACAAUUUAUGUACGUACUAUCGGGUGUAUUUCGCCGUGUUUUGAUGAAGGCAAUUAAAAGAGUGUUAGAAAGUGAGGCGGCCUCUUGACAAAGGUUGCGUUGCUUAGAAUAAUCUUUAGAUGUAAUUAUGCCCCGAAAGACAUUUCGGUUUAACUGUUAAUAGAAAUUAUUCUAAUCUUAACCAUGAACAUUAAUCAUAGAGAAUGGACCACGUGAACCUAAAAUUAACCACUAUCUAGAAAGAGCAAACUACGGCCAAAGCUUCUCUGUGUUCUAUAAAUAUGAAGUGGCGAACACGCAUGUGCAGAACGCAUGCGUCUUUGCAAGAUACUUGCACUUGAAAAUAAGAAUUUUAGAAAACGCUAUAACAUUUGCUUGACCUUAAUUGUCAUUUGACAAGUACUCAAGUGGUCACAGUCUAUUAAAAUGAUGUAAAUUAAUGUUUCAAGCAUCUUUUUGUCACCACGUUUUAAUUAUUUUUCUGCGUUAUUCCAUAUUAAUUGAGUUGAAUAUUUUAAGGUUUUAGUUAUAGGUGUUUUAACGUUUACAAAUAAACGUUUAUAAUAAGUAUUUAACUUAAUCUCUGCUUUGUUACACUAUUGCAUUUGUAAUUUAACUUUGAUGUUAAGUAAAUACUGAUUAUUCUAAGACGGGUUAAGAUGUAUAUUAGUUAAGACUCUUAAUGUUAAAUAUCGUAAUUUUUAAGAGCAAUAUUAGUUCUUAUAAGUAAAUUUUAAUUAAUAAAACAAAUAAUAGCGAGUUUGGCAUGCGCACCGACGGUUCCGAACAAACUAUCUCUUUUUGUUAGUAAAGUACAUAUUUACUGUU